GUUGUUUAGAAACUUUCACGCACUUCUUUCGUCGGGUUUUCCUUUUCCUGGUACCGUCACUCUCACAUCUCUUUGCUGCCCAAUGAGCCAAAUUCUUGUACAUAUCAUCGUUGGCUUGUCUCUGAUUCUCUCACUAGCCUACCUCUUUCAAAGACUCAAGAAGUUUGAUCAUACGCCCUGGGACUCCUGGGCAAUCCGAGCCAUCAACCUUCUAUACCGCCUCAAAUACUCGCUCCUCCCACAAUGUAUCGUUGUCGAGAACGGCGGAACGAUUGCCAAAAUCAUGGUCUACCCUGUCAAAUCCCUCGCGCCAGUUUAUCUCGAUAAAUGCUAUAUCGAUGAAUUUGGGUUUAAAUACGACCGGAUGUUUAUGCUAGGUCGAUGGUCUGAGACCAAAGCUGCCUUUGAGUCAAUCACGCAGAGACAGUGCCCACGGUUAUCCCUCUGCAAAGUUACGCUAGACCAGGAAAACGAGAUAUUGACCGUGUUUUGGCCUACAAAGAAAGAAGAGAGGAACUCUUCAAAAAGCUUCACCAUCCCCUGCAUACAAUCUUCCAAGUUUAAAGAAUAUCCAGUGGAGCUCUGGGGAGUGGGCUUCCACACCUCCAUCAUCGAUAUCCUCCCGGGGGAGUUUAUCGCCGAUAUGAACCUUCCUUCCGAUACAAAGCUUCUUUUUUCGGAAAACGGUAAAUCUGUGAAAAGCAAUUCCCCGGGAAAGGAGGUUAUAUAUAAUAGUUCCACCUCUCGGGAGUUUCGUUCCACUCGGUUCCAAGAAUACUUUCCCUCGCUCUUCCUCACGGAAGAAGAUAUCUCGGAUCUCAACAAUCGUCUCAACGGUCUUGAAUUCCCCUUUCAAGCCACUGAGGUGAACUUCAGAGGAAAUGUCAUUCUAUCGGGAACUCGAAAACCAUAUGAUUCAGAUACCUGGUCACGGAUCCGAAUUGUAAAUCCCCGAAGGGUGUCACACUGGCACGUCACUUCCAAGUGUCCUCGGUGUACCAUUCCUAACAUAGACCCAAGUACAGGAGAGAUGAGAGAUGACAGCCCGGUAAGUAAGAUGUUGGCACGCUACAGGCGAGUAGAUUCAGGACAGCGGGCCUACUUCUUCUUUGGGAUCCAUGCCAUUCAACUAGGGGAGGUUGGCUAUGAGCUUGAAGUGGGGGACAGGAUUGAGGUUUUGAGCAAGAGAAUCAACGUAUAUGAAGGAUUAAAAUAGCAAGUUGGUUGGCAAAUGUUAUAUUCGCUUCUCCUGGUUAAACUACCGCAUUUCCGAAAGCCAAAGAGUGCAUAAAUGAUUAUCAGAAAUACAUCACUGGAUACACGUAUAUAAGCCCAUACCUAUAUAUUGCACCGGUUGGUGUAGAGAUUAUUACAC